GUAAUAAGUUGUGCAGUGCAACACUAUAAACGUUUCCAAAUUUCAUAAGCCUCUUUGUAUGUGAUGUUCUCACAGGGAAGAAGAUUAUUUUGCCUCUAAAGAUGAAGAGUCUACUUUUUCUGGUGCUGAUAUCUAUCUGCUGGGCUGAACAUAGCACCGGCAAUUCCUCUGAGAAUCACGACCGAAUCAUUCACAUCCAAGCAGGAAAUGGACCCCGUCUCCUGGUGGAAGCAGAACAGGCUAAAGUCCUCUCCCACAGGGGUGGGAAUGUCACAUUGCCAUGUAAAUUUUACCGUGACCCUUCAGCACUUGGCUCAGGAACCCACAAAAUCCGGGUUAAGUGGACCAAGCUUACUUCAGAUUACCUCAAGGAAGUGGAUGUUUUUGUUUCCAUGGGAUACCACAAGAAGAGUUAUGGCAGCUAUCAGGGCAGAGUGUACCUGCAGCAAGAGAGCGACAACGAUGCUUCCCUCGUAAUACUAGGCCUCACACUAGAGGAUUACGGGAAAUAUAAAUGUGAGGUGAUUGAAGGAUUAGAAGAUGACACAGCAGUUGUAGCACUGGAUUUACAAGGUGUGGUGUUCCCUUACUUUCCACGCCUGGGUCGCUACAAUCUCAAUUUCCAUGAUGCUCGCCAAGCUUGCCUGGACCAAGAUUCUGUGAUUGCUUCCUUUGAUCAGCUGUACGACGCGUGGCGUUCGGGACUGGACUGGUGCAAUGCAGGCUGGCUCAGUGAUGGAUCCGUGCAGUAUCCCAUCACCAAGCCCAGAGAACCAUGUGGUGGCAGGAAUGCCGUGCCAGGGGUCCGGAACUACGGAUUUUGGGAUAAAGAAAAAAGCAGAUAUGAUGUUUUCUGUUUCACCUCCAACUUCAAUGGGCGUUUUUACUACCUAAUCCACCCCACCAAGCUCACCUAUGAUGAAGCAGUCCAGGCUUGCCUCAACGAUGGAUCGCAGAUCGCCAAAGUAGGCCAGAUAUUUGCCGCGUGGAAACUGCUAGGAUACGACCGCUGCGAUGCCGGCUGGCUGGCUGACGGCAGCGUCCGCUAUCCCAUAUCAAAACCCAGAAGACGCUGCAGUCCGACAGAAGCUGCAGUCCGCUUUGUGGGCUUUCCAGACAAAAAACACAAGCUGUACGGUGUCUACUGCUUCAGAGCCUACAACUGAGACUCCCCUUCCCGGCACAGCAGUUUUAAAUUCAUUAAGAACAUGUGAAAGAUUUCUUUUCAAUAUGAACUCAUGCAAGUUACCAAAACUGUGAUAAUCCUUUUUUACUUAUUGUAAAAAGUCAUUUUCAUAAAAGCCAAUACAUGAAUUUCUUUUUGUAAGACUAUCAUUCAAUAUAUAUUAUAAAUUAAUAUAAUUUUAAGGGAAGCUUUAGAGCCCAACUGUUUAAGCUUCGUCAUCUCAUCAAAUAUACUUUCGUGACUGGGGCAUGUAAUAGCUUGACAAUUGCUAGGACUAAAUUAAGGAAUGUAAAGCUACUCAAAGCAGCAGCCUACACAAGCACAAAUUUUCACAUUUGUACAAUUUUGAGGUGCACUACAAGAAACAAAUUAGACCUGCAGAUUUGAGAUACAACCAUCUUUUCAUAACUAAACUCUCUCCAGGGAACAAUAUAUAUUUUUCUAAAUGUCGGUAUUUAUGAGGCUCCAAUAAACAGCGUUUCUUAUACUGUUUAAAAUCUUGCCUUCUGAUAAAAAUGAAAUCUCAUAGUGAAUCCCAGGCAUCACAACAAGCACACUUUGAUCUUGUUACAUUUGCGUGUAGAAUAUGGGAGAGCAGAUGAUUGCAAAUUAAGGAGUGAACCCUGCUUUCUGCUGAAUAAAAUUUAAAAUGCCUAAGAAGUGUCAUAUUACUUUUGAGUAGCUUUACUGAGUUAUUUUUAAACUCUAAGGGCCAUUUGCUAAGCCGCAUUUAGCAUCUUCUCAGGGCAGUUAUAUAAGUGAACUGCUGGACAGAAAAACUAAGAUUUAGCAGCUUGACUUUACAUUAGCUUAUGAAAUGUUAUUGUCUUACAAGAGAUCUUUAAAUUAAUGUUUCUUUCAUAGUUACAUUUCACACAAAAAUAUAUUUGAAAACCUGGAAAAAAAAAGACUACACUUAGACUGAAAGAGAAAAGGACUACAACAUCCCAGAAAGCACAAAGUGAUUUCAAAUUAUCAAUCAGUCAAUCAAUCAGUGGGAUUUAUUGAAUGCUUACCAUAUGCAGAGCUCUGUACUAAGCACUUGGGAGAGUACAACAGAGUUGGUAGAAAUGUUCCCUGCCCACAAUGAGCUUACAGUUGAAAAGCCGAUUUGAUUAAGGAGCCCAAAAAGGAGCCUACUUAUAAAUCCUUAAGGAGAAAAAGAAAAUGUGGUGAGUUGCUUGAUCAUUACUAGGCUUGGAAAUACUCCAAUAAUUAUCUAACAUUAAAAUCUGCAGGAUUUCAAUGAAGACCUUAGUUCAGAGAAGGCAUUUACACUUAGCCUCGCUCUUAAAAUAAAAACACUAGCUCUGUUUUCAUAUAGUCAAUUAAUAAUGACUCUGGAGACUCCCCAAGGGACCAAUAUUUGUACUUAAAUCAAAUUUGAUAAAAUUUCACAAAUUUCCAUCAUUAAUUUGAACAAAUGGUAUUUAGCAGAUUGAUCCAAGUAUGACACAGCUGGUUUGCUUUCAUGAAUGUUUCUGUGUAGAAUUUUUUUUUCCCCAUGGACAUGAGUAAAUAAAUCUGUUUCCUGAA